AUGGCUAGUUAUCGCCGUAGCAGAACCACAUCGGCUGCAAGAAAGGAUAUGAUAAGUCAGCUUCCAGACGAUGUAAAGGAAAAGAUUUUAGAGUGUUUGCCCACUUCAGAUGCUGCCAGAACUGCUCUACUCUCGACUGACUGGAAAGAUGUUUGGUUGCGCAAUGGACGACUUGUGUUCGAUACCCACUUCUUCAAAUGUCUCAGAAAAUGCGAAGGUGAUAAACGUGUAGCGCUCGUGAGCAUCAUAAACGACAUUCUCUUGCACCGUGCUGGUCCGGUUAAGAAAUUUACUUUAGUUAUUUCCUGCCCGGAAGAUCCUAAGCCACAGCAGUCUGACUUAGAUCGUUGGUGCCGUUAUCUAUCAAGAAAUGGCAUCGAGGAGCUUAAUAUCAGUAUAAGUGGAAAAAAGUAUAGGCUGCCGUCUUGUAUUGUCUCGUGCCGAACAAUUACCCAAUUGAAACUGGGCGGUGAAGGUUUUGAUUUUGAUUGCCUGGUAAAUGCUGGUGGCGUAUUUCCUGGUGUUACUUCAUUAGUUUUCCGUAAUGUUCAUUUUAAGAAUAGAAUUAAUGGAGUUGUAUCUAAUCUUGAGAAGCUUGCGUUCCGUUAUUGUGUUGGGGUCAAUAAUUUUAAGAUCAGUGCUCCAAAACUUAAACGCUUAGAUUUGGCUAGUGCUUGUGUUUUCAAUACGCUUGAACGGAGAUGGUUGUUGCCUCAUCUGAGAUCAAUUGAGACUCUUUGCAUAGAUGGCCAUUUGUUAUCGGCGAGAAUCUACGUACUUUCUCUUCAUCUUAAAGCAAUCGCCGCACAGGCGUUCCCAACUGCAAGAAAUCUGCAACCGAGUGUGUGGGAUGACACUGCUAGGACACUUAUGAGGGAUUCAGACGAUUGCUUUAUCAAUCAAGAUUUUGAGAUGCUUAAGACAAUAAAGAUCGAGUCCUUUAGUGGAUCCAUAUUGGAAAUGCAUUUUGUGAAAGCAUUGCUCUCAAAAUCCCCUGCACUAGAGAAAAUUGUUAUCCAGGAAUCUGCUGAUAUUGAUGCUACUAUUACUCCUUCCCUCAUAUGA